CUUCCUUUUCUCACUUUCUUCCACUUACUUUACUCAAAUCUGUCGGUUUGCAGCACCAAGCGUCUCCGGAAAGGAAAGCAAGGGAGAAGGAGAACCAGUGGCAGGAGGGCAACUCACGAGGGGGAAGCAACAACAACACCACAGAAACUUUCGUCUUCAUGAGAUUACAGAAGCAGCAGCGCCGGCCAAGUCCAGACGCGACAAUGGGCACCGGCCAAGGGAAACGACCUCCCCCGAAUCAGCAACAGCAGCAACAGCCAGAGCAACAACGGGCGCACUCGCCUUACCCGCCGCAGCAGCGAUACUACGCUCAACAACCACAACCGCAGUCGCAACCUCAAUAUCAACAGCAGUUCCAACCAUACCAACCGCCGCAGCAACAGCAAUACUACAACCCUCCCAGACAGCCUCAAUACGCCUCCAGGCCUACUUCUCCAAACCCGCCUCAGCGCAAGCAGACCCCGCAGCAGCAACAGCAGCAGCAGCAGUACCCCGCCCAGCAGCAAUUCCUCGCCGAGCUGGAAGUCCCAGCCUCUGUCCCGAGACCAACCUCACCAUCGACGUCAUCGCCCAACGCUACCACAUCCGCACUGGUACCGAGUGCCGGAACAGCUCAACAUGGCCCCGUUGCCUACGAGAUGCCCGCCGACGACAUAGUCACGGCCAAGCCUACAACCCAGAUUCAUAGGAAACCUCAUAGGAUAGCCUCUGCGUCUUCUGUUGCCGCACCAACAUCAUCAACAUCGCCGCCUCCAGCAUCCCCUACUACGGCCACAGCUGUACUUAAACAAGACGACCCGGAUCAACCAAAGGACGAAGAGAAGGCCCAGCCGCCGCCGCCACAGCCACCUCUCAUCCAGGCAAACCCAUGGGGGUUCUUUCUUGAGGAUGACCUCCCCUCUCGCAACAGUGACUCCCCCUCACCGAGGAAAGAUGACGUCUCAUCGAUCCCACCGGAGGAACAGAAGCUAUCGGUGAAGCCGUUACGCAUCGUCAAGAGCGGUUCUACCGAGGAGUUUAACGGUCAAGGGAGCAAACCCUCGAACAGUACCGCAGAUGAUGUGAUGCCCAAGCCUUUACAGCUUGCGGCUGCAGUGCCGGCGAGGCAGGAUAGCCCUGAUACGGCCCAGCUCAAACCGGCACCACUCAAGCUCGCUCGGCCGCAGCCCCCGGCUGCAGAACAUCGUCCCUCCCGGACCCCAAGCCCGUCCAACCCCGCCGCUCCGGCCUCCAAUGUACCGCAGCUCCCAUACCCCGCCGAAGGUCCGUCUAUUCCCACGCCGGACUCGCAUCCUCAGCACCAGCCAGGAACACAACCCGGGGCCCCGGCGACGCUUCCCUUUGGCAUUCGUCCCGCUGGCUCCCCGCCUCCGGUAUCCCCUUCCUUCGCGCCCUCGCGCCUCUCACCAGCCCCAACGGGCGUCUCGGCACCACCGCAACAGCCGCAACAGUCUCAACCCCAUCCUCAACCAGCUCACACUCAAGCCGCCCCAGUGUCUCCCGUCUUCGUUCAGGCUGCUCUACCGCCAACUCUCCCUGUGAGCUCCUACUUCCCUCAGCAGCCCUCAUACGCCAAGCAGGAGGCCACCUCGCCCAAUCUUUCGGUCCAUAGCCCAGUAGCCUCGGCACCGAGACCUUCAACAUCACAAGGAAUUCCCCAGGCUUCUCAGCACUCACCGGCUCAACCCUACGCCUCUCCUCCACCUUCAUAUACCCAAGCCAUGUCUCAAACGAACCUGUCGAACACUUCACCAUCGCCCACACAGACACAAUGGCUCCCUCCACCGCCACCUCCCCAAGGCCUAUCACCAAACCCAACCGGCGUGCCACUGCCCCUGAGCCCACCGCCGACGCAGUAUCCUUGGUCUCCAAACAGUGUUGGCCCCCAAUCUGCUCCCCUCCAACAGCAGUUCACGGGCUACAACAUGCCGCCCCCUAUCCCUCAGCCGACAUACGUCAACGGAAGCCAACAGUUCCAACCGCAACCGACGCAGACACCGCCGCCCCUCCCGCCUCGCAACUCCCCGCCCAUGCCAGGUACGCCGCAGUCGGGCUUUGGCGCCCUCACGCCCUAUGCUGGACCUCCUCCCCCGACUCGGCCAAAUUACCAGGCCCCGCCGCCGAAAUCCGAAUCGCGCCUCUUCAGCAGUGCCACGGCACGGAAGCUUCUCACCAAGACAACCGAGCUCGUAGACCAAACCAUCACGCCCUACCUCCAGGACAACAAGUACUACCGGCCGCCCUACAACUGGUAUCAGAACCAGAACCCUCAGAAUCAAAAUCAGAACCUCCACAAUCAGAACCAGAAUUACCAGAACCAAAACCAGAAUAAUCAGUAUCCGAACCGACCGCAAACGGCAACGGGAUACCCGGCGCAGCAGCAGCAGCAGCAGCAGUACUACACACAGCAGCAGAGCUAUGCUCCCUCUCAGCCAACGUACGCGCAAUCUCAAUCAUCGCAACAGAGCCAAGGGGUCACUCGUCCAUCUUGAAAGUUCUGAGGGGUCUUGUGAGAAGAACAUAGCUGGAUAGGGCGACUAGUUCCCUAACUUUGCGGACUCCGUGUGAACAUAUGUGAACACAAGUGAACAUGGAUAUGCGUCAUUCACUGCACCAAGCUGCGAGAACAACCAUGUUCGCCCCGAACCACCAUGAUGGAAAACAACACAGUCAACGUACGACGUGCCGAUGAUGCAAUACAUCUCGUAGACAGUUUUGUUCUUUCGAAGGACGGACAAGCGACGCUUCGCUGAAGACAAGUUGUUCAUAGACACGAGGCAACGAUGAAGUUGUAGCCGCCGGGUGCUUGAUAGUGUUCAAACAUAAAAACUCUACCCCGGUGGCGCGGGGCCGUUGGACCGAGCGAGACGCGCGCUUGCUUGGAGUGACGUCGAACUCACCAGGAUGGGGUGUUCAGUGGAAGCCACGCACGCGAUUCAGGAUCUGACGCGAUAGGUUGCGUCCAAAGCGAAUAUCGUUUUGGGUUCUGGCCUGGCGGUGGGCGGCCGAGGAAAUACAAAUCUGAUGUAUCACUGAACCCUUUGCAUCUGCUGGGAUCCAUUCAGUGCGGCGUAGGUGAAGGCUAUCCUUAUUUGCCCUGGGG